CCAAGUAAAUGCUGUCCAUUCUCUGCUUGGCGGCUUUAAUGAGACGCUUUCUGUGAUGACGUAAAUCAGGCGCCUUAGCGAGAAACUUUGCUGUGUGGCGGGGUGAUUAAACAGGGGCAAGAGGAACGGCCGUCCAGAGACCAUGAGCCUUCCCGGGGGUAGCCCACAGCCCAGCCUCCUGCUGGCUUCACUCAAGGCUGACUGUGUGAAUAAACCUUUCUUCCAAAGGUGCCAGGACCUGGUCCGAGUCAUUGAGGAUUUCCCUGCCAAGGAGCUGCAUGCCAUCUUUCCAUGGCUAGUAGAGCUGGUCUUUGGCAGCCUGGAUGGCAGCAUCGUAGGCUGGAACCUAAGAUGUCUGCAGGAGAGAACAACUCCUUUGGAGUUCCAUACUGCUCUUGAAUUUUUAGAUCCCGCUGGUGCCAUGAUGAAGCUAGUUUAUAAGCUACAAGCGGAGGAAUACAGAUAUGACUUUCCUGUAUCAUACCUUCCAGGUCCUGUGCGAGCAUCUAUACAGGAGAGAGUUUUGCCUGAUUGUCCUCUCUAUCAUAACAAGGUCAAGUUCCCACCCUCCGGAGGGCUUGGUCUGAAUUUGGCUCUUAAUCCAUUUGAGUAUUUUAUGUUCCACUUUGCCAUCUGUCUUAUCACACAAAGGAACUAUAUCUCCGGGUACCUUUGUAGCACCUCAGACAGCGCCUAUUUCAUCUUGGUGGAGAAAUACCUGAAGUGGUUCCUUCCUAUUGAAGGAAAUGUUCCCCCUCCUCAUUUCUCCAAUCCUGGCGGGUCUGUACCAUCACCCGCACCUAGAUCUCCAUCAAUUUCAUUAACUUCAUAUGGAACGCACCCUAGCCUUCUAAAGAGACACAUUUCCCACCAGCAUUUGGUGAAUGCAGAUCCUGCAGCCCAGGAAAUAUGGAGGUCGGAAACCUUAUUGCAAAUCUUUGUGGAGAUGUGGCUUCACCAUUACUCUCUUGAAAUGUACCAUACAAUGCAGUCUCCACAUGCUAAGCUGGAAGCUCUUCACUACAGGCUCAAUGUGUCCAGCACUUCGUACAUUUUUCCUGCUCUGCCUGGGUCCCUCCAUUCAUACCAAGAGGCUUUCCAGCCCACAGAGGAACAUGUUUUGGUGGUUAGAGUUCUAGUGAAACACUUGCACACUUUUGCCAACAGUCAGAGGCCAGAGCAGUCCUCUCCUUCAGUUCACUCUCACACACAAAGUCCCCUGGAAGAGCUUAAAAGGGCGGUUAUCCCUAGAUUCAUCCAGCAGAAGCUUUACAUCUUCUUACAGCACUGCUUUGGGCACUGGCCUCUCGAUGCCUCCUUCAGAGCGGUGCUGGAGAUGUGGCUCAGUUAUGUACAGCCAUGGAGAUACGUUCCAGAGAGACCCACCUCGCCUGUCAGCAAUGAGCUACAAAACCGCAGUGUCUCCGAAAAAUGGGCUUCAUUUGUGCAGGAGAACUUGCUCAUAUACACAAAGCUGUUUCUUCGUUUUUUGAACCGCGCCAUCCGUAGUGACCUUGUCAGCCCCAAGAACGCACUGAUGCUUUUCCGAGCAGCAAAGGUUUUCUCCCAACCCAACUUGCCAGAGAUGAUCCAGAAAGGCGAGCAAUUGUUACUGGAACCGGAGCCCGUUAUUCCCCACAGACAGCACAGACUGCUAAUGUCACCAAAUCUUGGUGGUAGCUAUCUUUCAUCCUGGCAACCACCAAUCAUGGAUGCUUCCUUCAAGGUGAAGAGCCAUGUAUAUAGUCUUGAGGGACAGGAGUCCCAGUAUAUGCAAAUGUUUGGCAGUGAUGCAAGGAAUCUGGUUCUUCGACUUGCUCAAAUGAUCAUACAGGCCAAGCAGACUGCUAAAUCCAUAUCUGACAAAUCCAUGGAUUCCUCAGACAACCAGUCAUUCCUGUCCUGGUUUGGGUUAAAUUCUCCAGAUUUGAACAACACUUACACGGGAAAUGAUGUUGAUGAAGUUGGAUAUGACAGUAUUAGGAAGACUGAUGAGCACUUGGAAAAAGCCCUGGAAUAUCUUUGUCAAAUCUUUAGAUUGAAUUCUGCUCAACUCGGGCAACUCACAGUAAACUUGGGGAACGUACAGGACGAAAAUGGAAGGAAUCAAUUGCCGGACUGUAUACAGAAUGAGAAUGGUGUGUUCCUCACUGCGUUAGGCAGACAGCAGUUAAUAAAUGGACUGCGUAAGUUUGACAUACAGUACCAUGGCGAUCCCGAGCUCCAGCCAAUCCGUAGCUACGAGAAUGCUACACUUGUACGAUUCCUGUAUCAGCUGUCAAGUAUGCUGAAUGAUAGGUUUGGUGACACAAUGACUUCAGUGUGCAGAAGACGGGACUUUCUUGGAAGAUUUUGUAGCUACCAUCUGAUAAGCAGUCCAGCUGCAAGGAGAAUGAGCCCCAUGCCAUCCCACAUUGCCUUAGAUCAGACCUCUCCUCGCAUUCGUCUUCGAUUCCUUGCCAACUAUUGGGUUAUGUUUUACCUGCUUCUUUUUUACUUUCUAUCUGGCCUUCUGUCUAUGGGGCCCCUUACUUGCUCAUUCAUUCUUCUGAUUGGUUACCUUCUAUAUGCUGCUGUCAAGACCUUGAUUGCUGAAAAGUGGAAGCCGCACGCGGACUGAUGACAGUUCAUUUUAUAUAGAUAUAUUUUUUUUUACGCUGUGGAUAUUGUCAAUAUUUUAAUGUAAAAUAAUGUACCAGUGUUCUGAAUUAAAACCUUUCUCGUGGCUUUUGAA